AUGGAUUUCAGUCAUUCCCUCUGUACCACAGAAUUCAUUGCUUUUACGCCAUCUUCAAGGGAUGAUCAAUUCGAAAGAAAGAUUCUCCAGCUGGUAGAUGAAGGCUAUGUGAGCGGAUGGGACGAUCCUCGUCUCUACACUCUCAUUGCCCUCAGGAGCACAUUGGGUGUCUCAAUGGCUGCUUCAAACUUACAAAUUGCACGCUUUGAACAGACCGUGAGGCAAUACCUGGAAGGAAGUGCACCGCAUCUCUUCAUGGUCAUGCAUCCUCUCAAAGUCAUAAUCAAGAAUGUGCCCAACGACUACCUCGUAAUGGUGGACAAAUUAUUCCAUCCCAAGAAUCCCCAGCUCGGAUCUUCACAAAUCCCAUUCACCUGCAUGAUUUACAUCAAUGCAGGCAACUUCAGGCUCGAAGACUCAAAAUAUUACUUCUGCCUUGCUCCUGGAAAGAGUGUCAGUCUAUUCCAAGCACCUUACCCAAUUACAUGCACAUCAUAUAAGACUGAUUCGGCCUCUGGUGAGGUGACAGAGGUAUUCUGUCAUCUCGAAGAUUCUGGUACCCCUCCAAAAACCAAGGUGUAUAUCCAGUGGGUCGCAGAACAUGCAUCUUCUGGAAGCCCUGUUUGCAUCGACAAGACAAGGAUAUUUCACCCUUUAUUCAAGAGUAAUAACCCCCUAGCAGCUACCCCUGACUUCAAGGCUGAUAUCAACCCUAAUAGCAUGGAAGUCAUCGAGGGUGCCAUGGUGGAACGGUGUGUCGCAGAUGCCCUCGAGGAGGCUUGGGUGAGAUCAGCUAAAAUCAAAGCAAUCCCAGGUGCGGGCUCCCAUGACGCACACACUCCGGAAAUCACACCAGGGCAGCUUGUCGGAAAGGAGUGUGUACAAUUCAAGGUCUGCAUGUUGUACCUCGCAGUAGAUUCAGACUCUCGCUUGGGUGCUCUACAUGAACCCUCAGAUGUUACUCCUGGGAUUAGGCAAGGCAAUUAUUUGGUACUCAACCGCAUUGCAAGUUUGAAAGAAGAUGCUGGGAAGGGAAUAUGAACAGUCUUUAUAUAUGACUAGGUACAAUACGACAAGGCCAACUUCAUCAUUAGAGCUACAUAGCAGUUG